UUUUCCUGGACGAAGUCAAAUCCAAUGCUUCAAGCUGUUCGGGGACGUGGAGAGAGUUCUUCACCCCUUCGAGUUGUCUAAUAGACUCUCGAGAGUUUUUCCUGGAUCCACCCUUGCCAGCUUUCACCACCAAGCCACCGGAGCGGUGUCUUCCACCGGGGUGAGCUGGUGGGCAAUGAUGAACGGUUACGAAGAAAGCCCACCUCCAUCCGCCCCACAGAGCGCUGCCACCCCCAUCAGUAAUAGCGGUAUGACGAGCCCUCCGGCUACCAUAAAUCCACCUGCUGCCACCACUUCGGCGACGUCGAGCUCAUCUCCGGCGAGUGUGACGAGCAAUAGUGGAUCCGCAGGUCCAUUGCAUAUUCCCGCCAAAAGACUGACGUCGGGAGGAUAUGGCGAUUGUACCGACAGUAGCGUAAUACGACACAGUCAAACAAGCCAUUGGCCCUAUUCACCAUCCGAAAAUCACCACGGGGCUAUCGCUUUCGACCAAUACAACAGUCCUCCGUAUUACAAUAUCUCGGCCGAUGCUGGUGGGAAUCGCGACCAUAAGGGUGCGUUGUUUUGGUCCCCCGCGGCGACAGCGGCAGCAUCGACUCCGGAAUACAAAUAUAACAGUCGGAGUACAAGUGCGGAUCCUUCUGUGUCUUCGUCUUGCCACCAGUCAUUCGGCACCAGCUCGUGGUGCGGGGUGUACAAUUCACCGUACCCCACGGCGACGAGGCACCACGUCGAUGGGCCUUAUUUAACACCCACGGACGACCGAAGUCGAGUGGCUGCGUUGGAGGGUGCCGGUUUUGCACACCCGCACGACAGAAGUUAUGGUCUCGGCAAUUAUGGUGCUCCCGAAUCGGUGCCAUCCACCCCAUACCCUCCACCUGGUUCUCUGGGAUCGAUGGGCGUAAGUGUGCCAUGUGGCGCCGGCGCCAAUCCCUUAGAAUGGACGGGUCAAGUAACCGUUCGUAAAAAACGCAAACCCUACUCGAAAUUCCAAACUUUAGAAUUAGAAAAGGAGUUCCUUUUUAACGCGUACGUUUCGAAACAAAAACGUUGGGAAUUGGCGCGGAAUUUGAACCUCACCGAACGGCAAGUCAAAAUAUGGUUUCAAAACAGGCGAAUGAAAAAUAAAAAGAAUACCCAGAGGCAAGCCUCGCAGCAGGCCAACAACAAUAAUGUCGCCACCAACAACCAGAAUCAUCACUCGCAUCACCAUUUACAUUCUCAACACCACGUAGUCAAUCACCACGUUCCCGCCAACGGAACGUUAAAGCAUCAUCAGUGACCUAUGGCUUUCUCAGGGGUCGUACUGGGCCAUCAUCACGGAUUGGCCGCUUGAUCGACCCUUUAGUAAACCGUUUGCGUCGAAUAAGACUUUUGGGGUGUUUUUGUUACUUUUAAACACUGUCGGAACGCAACCCUGGAACUCAUGCUGUGCCAAAGAGUCGUUGGUAUUUUAGAUUUUUUUUGUUUUAAAUUUUGACUUGCUAGCAGGGCCUGUGCAAAUUGUGCGAAGCACGAGAUAUCGAUAGAAUAGAGAAAAAUUGACUGAUCAUUUGCGGGAUUAUAUUUUCGAAAGUCAAAAGUCUAAAACGUCAGAAAGUGCUUAAUUUCGAAUUCGGUGCAGUUCUGCAAUCUCCGAUUCUGCAUCUUACUCCGCUAAAUCGUGCAAUUAUUUGUUCAUUUAGUCGUUUUUAUUGUUUUGUUUUUUAUACAAUUUAUGAAUUAAGUCUUAUAAAUAGAUAGGAUGGAUCAGUGAUCAACAGAAAAAAAAUUAUCGUUAAGACCUUGUACAUACAUUCAUCGACUGUCAAAUUUUUCGCCACUAUAAUAUAAUCAAUUUGUGUCCGAACACAUAGCACUUUUCUGAUGUUAGGAAUAAAAAUGUUCCAGACAACACCAUUUUUAAUGAUUUAUACAACCUUUUCCAAGAAAAAAAAGUUCCGUUUUACUGGGAGAGCGUCACUACUAUACCAGCAAAUAGCUCGGUUAACGCAGCAGAAAGGUUGCUGUGUGAACAGACCGCACUUGAAAUCGUGUUUAAAGAAAAUGUUACUCGGUGUUGCUUAUAUAGCCUAAAUGUAUAGUAAAUUAUUGAAGUUAGUGGUUAGGCACGCUUAAAGAAUGCGCCAUAAUUGUCGUUUUCGGUACGAGUUCCACCGAAGGAGCCACCGUUUCACACUACAAAACUAAUUGUUUAAACAAUGCCAAAUUAUUUUUUUUCCAUGAAUGGACGCGAUUUUCCCUUGUAUAUAUUAAUUAGUAGGUACCUGUAUAUCUGUAGCUUGUUGUAUACGGUUGAAAGCAAUCUUUUAUUUUGCGGUAGGUUGGCAAGAGAUUCGUUUUUUCGUGUUUUAUCACUUAAACGUAAUUUAUAUUAAAUCUGAGAGACCUUCUCUAGAAAUCCGAAUUUAACUGCAGAUUAUAAUACUAACUUAAAUUGGUAGACAGUUUUGCGCUAAGAAUUUUUUGUUUAACAUCGAAUCCUAAGAUGAUAAAACGUUAUGUAAUUAUAUAUCUAAUAAUUUGUUCCGCUAUAGCCACUAAAUUACACAAAAAAUUCUUAGCAUUUUUACUAGUAGAUCCUUGUCAAGUGUCACAAUAUGUUAAGAAUAUAACUCAAAAAGAGUUCUAGGUAGUUAAAGUGUAUAUAUUUCUACAACUAGGUCAUUGAGUGACUGAAUUUGCGAAAUUCUACAUGAUAUGUAUUUUUCAAUCGUCUUCUUUUCGCGGUUCCACGACGAUCUCUGAAAAAAUAUGAUAUAUUAUUUUAUUAUGUUAAAUUUGACGAUAUGGAUUAAAUUUCAGUUUUUGCGAUGUUGCUUUAAACGAAAGUGUACUACUUAUUUAUUGUUUUUUUUUAUAACUCGGCGAUGCCCCAAAAAUCUAUUUAACUUUUGAAAAAACGUUUUGUACCUUCCUAUCUUUAUUAUAGCUUUAUAUUUUUACUUGUUGUGUUCAAAAUACAUAUUGUUGUGUUUAUGUAUGUAUAAUGUAU